AAAACAAUUCACAAGACUCAUAUGGACUGUCGGAGCCAAAUAUGCACUUAAACAACGAUAAAAUAAAGCAAUCUAGUUGAAAUGCCAAGUUAUUCAGUCACGUGGGAAUAGUGAUUGUGUCCCUGUCUUCUCGUUUCUAUAUCAGAUGCUAUACGACUGCUGAGUGACGGGGCGAUAUGCCAAGAUAGCGGCGCUAAGUCGCAGUGGUUUUCUUAACAUUUCUGUCUUUCAUAAGACGGCGCCCUGACUCUUUCUCUCUCUUCCUCCCUCUCCCUCUGUUGCGAUGCACACAACUCUUCGCGCCUGCAGACGCUCUCCGCUCUCCAGAUCUCGAGGACAUCUUUCAGUGAAAGGAAAACUUGGGCGCGCUUCUUUCACCUCGGCGGCUUCACCCCAGUUCGCAGCACAGAAGAAUCAACGUUAAAUCCAUGAAAAAGUCGCGAAGCUUUCAAAACUGUGCCGAUAACCACAGGAUAAGACGGCGUGAUCCUUCAUUCGCAGCAAGGGGAGGUAGUCUGUCCCUCAUUUCCUAAUAAAGGAGGUAGUCUAUAUCGCUGACCACUGUUUAGACAUCGAAGUCGGAAAGUGCAGGCGGUAAAAGAUGCUGAUGACAAGAUUUUUCAAACGUUGAAGAAGAGCGCGACAAGCCUGAAAAAGCUGAACUUUUCAACUGGUGAAAGUGUUGAAUAAGCAAGCAUCAGCACAAACAAAAGUGAAAGGCGGACCAAACAAAAGGCACGGUCCGAAAAGUCAAUUAACACUGCAACACCAAAUAGGUCCUAUUUUUUCUGACUAAAAGGGUCCCUCGUCAACCAGCAAGAUUUCGUCCAAAAGCAGACAAGAGGAUCGCCCUGCGCUGACAAGACUAGUCGGCAGGAAGCGGCUGCUCGCGGCUGGGGUUCUAGGAGUCAUCAUGGUCUUGGUACUGGUGAUUUUGAUCCCGGUCUUAGUAAACUCUGCGGGGACUUCCGCUCGCUAUGAGAUGCUCGGCACCUGCCGAAUGGUGUGUGACCCUUAUGGGACUAAAUCUCCAACUACCGCCACGGCAGACACCGUCAGAGACAACCGCCUUACCCAAUCUCUGCCGACUUUCAUACAGGGGCCAAAGGGGGAGCCGGGACGCUCGGGAAAGGUUGGCCCUAGGGGCCCUCCGGGGGAACCGGGGCCACCCGGUCCAAUGGGCCCGCCUGGCGAGCAAGGAGAGUCCGGGCGUCCUGGAUUACCCGGACCGCCUGGGGCGAAUGGCCCUACAGGGGCAAUCAGUGCGGCUACAUAUAGCACUGUCCCCAAAAUAGCAUUCUACGCCGGCCUAAAAAAGCAGCACGAGGGAUACGAGGUGCUGAAGUUCGAUGACGUUGUAACAAAUCUGGGCAACCACUAUGAUCCUACGACGGGAAAAUUCACCUGCUCUAUCCCGGGGAUAUACUUCUUUAUUUAUCACGUACUGAUGCGAGGAGGGGACGGGACCAGCAUGUGGGCUGAUCUUUGUAAAAAUAACCAGGUGCGGGCCAGUGCCAUCGCCCAGGACGCCGACCAGAACUAUGACUAUGCUAGCAACAGUGUGGUUCUGCACCUAGAGCCCGGGGAUGAGAUAUACAUAAAGCUGGACGGGGGCAAGGCGCAUGGGGGGAACAAUAACAAGUACAGCACCUUCUCUGGGUUCAUCAUCUACGCCGAUUAGUGGAGCCCUUCCUCCCCGGCCCGGGUGUGCGCCCCGUCCUCCUUUCCCCCGACGUCCCCUCCUCGGUCACCCUUUCCCCUUUGUCCCGACGGGAGGGUAGCAGAGCCCCUUCAACUCCGCCGCCAUUCCCAGCGAAGCGCGCCCGCGGGGCGAAACAUCCGCGGACGGGCGACCCAAAGCGGGGAAACCACGGAAACCACGGCCCCCUCCGUGUGGGGGCACCCGUGCCUGCCCUGCUAUGAAAACAAAACCAACAAAUAGUAAACACGUUAUUUAAAAUGUAAACACAAAAAAAUGGCCACAGUAAAACGUGAAGAAUUGGGAGUGGGGGGGGGGGGGGGGGGGGGGGAGCAAUGCGGAAAACGUUCGCUGCCGUUCUACCACCAAAGCUGUUGUCCGUGUGUAUCGUGUUUGUGUAAAACGGAGGCAUUCAUGAGACUUUUCAUAUCACAAAAAUCUGAGAUUGUGCAAUAAUCAUUAUGGUGAUAAUAACCAUGAUGUCUCCAGUAUCAAACAUUACCCUCGUCUGUAUUAUCUGCUUUGAACUGUUCACUGACUGGACAUUCUCUCUGCGCAUUGCCUGCUAAACUGCUUAUUCUGCUGAAAUGAUGUUGUGUAAAAGACAAAAGACUAAAUUCUAUAAGGUACGAUAUCAAAAUGUCAAUUUACUGUUUUACUCAUAUUGGGGGCUUAAUUGAAUUGUAGCCAAAUGGCUCACCUUCCUAAUCAAUCCUUGUGAUGUGGACGUGGCAGCUCAAACAGAGAUUUCUGAAUAGGGUUUUAAGUGCGGGGAAACUUGCACUAGAAGAAGGGUUAAUUUGAGCGUGAUUUAUCGUAGCCACAGCACCUUUGGAGCACCUUAUUUCUCACUCAGUCAUUCCUCAAAACCGUCAAGCAUAAAUUCGAUAAGUGCUUGUGGUUUCAUGCCUGAAUUCUGCUCACACAUUUGAUUCCAAUGAAGGUAUUAUUAGGGGCUAAGUGUUACAGAGGCUUGUGUCAGGUAUUAAACGGAAUACCGUCCAGACAAUAAAAUUGAUCUUACUGUGUGUGGGUUCGACAUCGUGAAAAAUAGUCGAAAUAAUAAAAGGCAAUGAGGGUCAAGGUUUUAUUAGAAAUAAACAAAAAAAUUAAAAUAAAUAAAUAAAUUUGAGUCAUAUCACAAAAGUGUCAAUGAGAACGUAUGUAUCUCGGAUAGUUUAACUUCACUUCAGUCAGCCAAAUGAGUGUCUGCAAUUCUUAAAACAAUAUAAAGACUGUCAAGAAAAAAAGAUGCGAUCAGCAUAAAUAAUCAUAAAUGGUUGAUUAUCCGAAGGCGUCUGUUUUCCUCCUUGUAUCUAAAUGAAGUAAAACGCUAACUCAGCACUGAUAGAACUGUGGGAAGUUGGUAUGAGGGAAGCCGAUUCCGUUUUAGAAAGAAACAACGCAAUGAUCAAAAGUCGCAUUUUUUUUGGCAGGGCACAAUCAGAUGCUCGGCAGACUCGGCUGAAAACUAUUCUCGCCAGCUCGAAGAACCUCACUGAAAUCACGUCACCAAACUGAAUCUUACAUUUUGCCAGCGAAAACUGCUUGUUUCAAUGACCGGUUGAAGGUGUUAUCUCGUGAUGACAAUGGCAGACGAUGCAUGCUCGGUUGCUGUGGAUCCUCUACUUUCGGGAGGAGGAACACAUGGAACUAUCAACAUCCAGCUUUAAGGAGAACAACAGUCAUCUCUGGCACCACAAAGCAGAUUAAUUAUGUUCCUUAUUGUGAGGAGCAAUAGUUCAUUUCAGCGAUCUCUAUUCUUAAGGUCCUUUGGGACAGGCGAUGGGGGACAGAUGGAGACGUAAAUAUUUACAGAUGGAAAAUAAAUAUUUAGCCUAUCAGAUUUAAAAGAUUCAGAGAUUAUGGCAGUUGACUUUUAAACCUGUUCAAUGUUCUUAUUAUGAAUGUCUCUUCGCAAUAUGCUAGCAUGUGAAAAUGAGUCCCCUUCAAAUCAGAAAUGUCCUCGUUCACAGCUUUCUCAAGAUGACAAUAGAUGACAAAUGGACAGACGGACACUGCUUUUGUCAUGUAAGAACAGCUGGGCGCUGGGAAUAUUGUUUCUUUUUUUCCCCCAGAAGGCACUUCUCGUGUAAAAUGUUAUGCUACCUACAUUAAAUGGAUCGACUUGAUCUGAUGGGUGUUUUAUUUUCACAUGAGCUUUUCUGAUUCAUACAUAUCAAAUUGACAUUAAACAGUUGCCUGGACAAGC